AUGAGACUCCCAAAAUCCACCGCAUUGCGGUCAUCAACUUUGAUCCGACCUUCAACCUCUAGUCCCUCUCUCAUUGUCCGAGCCAACUCUUCCAUUCACCGACCGUCCCUCGUCAAGAAGAAGCCUCCUUUACCUACUCCGACAAUCACCGAGUUUCCAAACAAGCUUCGAGUCGCGACAGAGCCAUUAGAUACGCCUGGAUGCUUUGUCGCUGCUGUCAUAGAUGCCGGUACACGGUACGAAACGGAGAGAAAUUCAGGUGUGACUCAUCUGCUCGAGCGUCUGGCAUGGAACAGUAAUUCGAAAUACAGCGCAGAGACCAUGGAGCUGGCAUCUCAACAGCUCGGAAAUGGAAUGAUCGCAUUGUCUGGCCGAGAUACAGUCCUGUACGGCGCUUCGACAUUUCUGAAAGAGCUUCCUCUUGCCGUCUCGCUCCUAGGAUCCAAUAUUCGUUCGCCCCUCUUUCUACCACACGAAAUUGCAGACGCGAAAUCGGCAGCACUAUACGAGCACCAAUUGUUGGAAGAACAACCUCGAUUAGCACUGGGCAACUAUAUCCUCGAGACGGCGUACGAUGGCAAGACUGUCGGCCGACCGAGUCUUUUAAGUCCAGAGUCGGAGAGUCGGAUAGGCGAAAGGGAGCUCAGAGGAUAUAUGAAAGACUGGAUAAGACCUGAACGGAUGGUCAUUACGGGUCUUGGGGUAGAUCACGAUCAACUCGUCGAAUUGGUCAAGGAGAAUUUUGACACGUCGGCUUCUUCCAGUUCGACAUUCACCCAUGCUGCUUCUAGACCAGCUUCCGCGUCAGCUCUCGGCAAGAGCUACGCGACAGUCUCCAACGUUUCCGAUCUGUCACUUGACUCAGACUACGAAGCGCUGGUCCAUGAAAAGGCGAAGUACGUCGGAGGCGAAUUGUACAAGGAGAUCCCGACGGAAGAAUGGACCCACCUUGCCAUUUGCUUCGAGGCCCAGAACUUUAAUCAUCCCGAUGUGUACGCUGCGGCUCUGCUACAACAAUUGUUACUCCGAGGUUCCGCCUUUUCCCCCGGAGGACCUGGAAAAGGCAUGUUCUGUCGAUUGAACGAGAAUAUUCUCCAACGGUACCACGCGGUGGAUCACUGCGAAUACAUCCAUGAGAUCUUUACCGAUACCGGAUUAGCAGGUAUCAAGAUUACACUGAAACCUCAUAUGGCGCCACAAGCUGCGGAUCUCAUCUGUAGAGAGUUGGAAAAAGUCACUGGCAAGACGAAAAAGGACAUCACAAAGGAACAAUUUAGUCGGGCGAAAAUGAUGCUCAAGUCGACAUUGGCGAGAGCAGUAGAGGGCAGGAUUCUGUCCGCAGAGGAUCUCGGAAAGCAAAUCCUGACACAAGGGAAGAAGGAGCCAUUACCGGAUAUGUUGGCUCAUAUCGACAGAGUCACCAUUGACGAUCUAUAUCGUGUAGCUACAGACAUGUUCCGGCCGAAAGAACGAAACGCCAAGAUGAAUCUUGGCUUGGGGACUGGUGCACCGACCAUUGUUGGUAUUGGGAAGAAUGUAGAGUGGCUAGGUAACGUCCGAGAGACUGUCAGGCAGUGGGGCUUGGGAGAGUAA